CACAAAUAUUCGCUACAUUCAUAAUUCAAUUUACUAUGGAACUGGUCGUUUUUCUGAGUUUAAUCAGCCUUUGUGUUGGCUUAAAUCCUGCUGGAAAUUCACUUCAACCCGAUUGGAAAAAUAUUAACACAAUAGCUGAAUUCGAUGCAGAUAUUCAAAACGCAGGUGAUAAAUUAGUUGUUGUUCAAUUUUUUGAACAUAGAUGUCAAGAAUGCAAUGUUCCAGAAAUAAUAAGAGCACCUGCCGAAUAUCCAGAUGCUUUAAUGAUAAAGGUAAAUAAACAAAUGAAUAAUUUGCGGAAUUUAGUAAAUCGAUUCAAAGUAGUCAGAGCGCCAACGUUUGUUUUCAUUAAAAAAAACGAAGUGGUCAAUUUCAUGGAAGGCUUUGAUGUAUUUAAAUUUGAUAGAAUCGUUCAAAAUAGCUGGAUUCACGUAGAAACAAAUGAUGAGUUCGACGACGAAUUGGUAUAUGCUGGCAAUAAAUUGGUUGUGGUUAAGUUUUUCGUUAACGAAGAGUCGAAAAACGAAGCGAUUUCAACCCAAUUGGAGAAAUUGCCUCACAAAUUCCCAGACGUUUAUAUGAUCAAAGUAAAUGUCGAGAAUUGUCCGAAAGUCGUUGAACGAUUGGUGCAGCCAACAACAUCGCCCACCUUUACCUUCAUGGAAAAUGGUGAUAAUAUUCAAUUUUAUUCCACUUGUAAUGUGGAGCGGGUUGAGAAAACCCUUAACGAUCUUUUGCUUCGAUCGAAACAAGAUUAAUGCCUUGUAAAUUAUAUAUUAUAAAAAUUCAUUAUGAAGUUCCAAUGAAUUGAUUGUCCAAUGUCCAAGAAUGGAUAUGAGAGUUCCUCCGACAUUUCAUUAAAGUGUAACACCGUCAUAUAAAAAAAACUCGAAUUCUCCGAAGUUGGGAGAAGUUUCACAUUCAUUCUAAAACAUUCAAAUAUUAAUAAACUGACAGAUCUUUUAUUGAAAGUUUGAUGAUGUAAAUAAAGUUCAAUUCAGAGACUGUUUUUAA